CAUAUUUUUAUCAUUCUUCUUAAAAUGAUUUCAUGACAACCAUGUCGAAAUCACUCGUGCGUUUUCAUUUUCUCUCGCUACUCUUACUCUGUUGUGUCUCCCCUUCAAGCUUUUUGCGUAUAGAUGAUCUCGUCCCUGGUCUUGUUGCUUGUCGUACCCGCCAGAGUCAAGCCUUUAAGCUGUUGAAGAACGAGUUUGAUACUCGUGGUUGCAACCAUAGUUACAACUCUAAUGGAGUCUGGUGCGAUAACUCCACGGGUGCUGUCACCAAGCUACAGCUCAGGUCCUGUCUCAGUGGAACUUUGAAGCCUAACAGUAGCCUCUUCACGCUGCAUCAACUUCGUUACCUUGAUCUCUCUGGCAACAACUUCACGUCCUCUCCACUCCUUUCCGACUUUGGCAAUCUCAAGAAGUUAGAGGUUUUGUCUCUUUCCUCUAAUGGUUUCAUAGGUGAAGUCCCUUCCUCAUUUAGUAACCUAAGCCAGCUUUCCUAUUUAGGCCUUUCCCAUAAUGAGCUUACUGGUAGUUUCCCAUUUUUGAGGACUCUAAGUAUGCUCUCCUAUUUAGAUCUUUCCAAUAAUCAUUUCUCAGGAACUUUGAAUCCCAAUAGUAGCCUCUUUGAGUUGCACCAACUCAUUACACUCAACCUUGCUUUCAACAACUUCAUUUCUCCAAUUCCUUCCCAAUUUAGAAAUCUAAAAAAUCUAGAAGUGUUGUCUCUUUCCAAUAAUGGCUUCUUUGGCCAAGUUCCUCCCACAAUUAGUAACCUAACUUGGUUAACACGUUUGUUCCUUGACAGUAAUGAGCUCACUGGUAAUUUACCACUUGUUCAAAACCUAACAAACCUCUAUGAUCUAGAACUUGCUUAUAAUCACUUCACUGGAACCAUUCCUUCUUCUCUCCUCACUAUGCCUUCCUUGGAAUAUCUUGAUCUACGCGGAAACAAUCUCGCAGGAUCUUUUGAAGUUCCUAACUCAUCUAAUUCAUCUAGGCUCCAGGUCAUGUUCCUUGGGGACAACCAUUUUGAAGGAAAAAUCCUAGAGCCCAUCUCAAAACUCACCAACCUCAUUCGUCUCGACCUUUCUUCUCUAAACACAAGCUCCCCAAUUGACUUAACCUUCUUAUCCUCUCUCAAGUCUUUGUUCUCCCUUGAUCUGUCCAAUAAUAACAUUUCACCAGCCAGUUUUACUUCAGAUGCAAGCAUCCCAUUGAGCAUUGGAUUCAUGCUCUUGUCGCGCUGCAACAUCACUGAGUUCCCAAACAUCUUAAAGACCCUUCAAGACUUGCAGCAUAUUGACUUGUCAAACAAUGGAAUCAAGGGAAAAGUCCCUGCAUGGUUUUGGGAACUUCCUCGCCUCAGUUCAGUGGAUUUAUCAAACAAUUCUUUCAAUGGUUCAGCUGAAGUUUUGAUAAAUUCAUCUGUGCAAAUAUUAAUAUUGGCUACAAACAGUUUCAAAGGAGCACUUCCUGAUCUGCCACUCUCUAUUGUAUCCUUCUCUGCUUGGGGUAAUGGUUUCAAAGGGAACAUACCUCUUUCACUGUGCAGCCGCAACUCUCUCAUGGUUCUUGAUCUAUCCGACAACAAGUUCACCGGUUCAGUUCCUAGCUGUUUUAGUAACUUGACGUUAUUGGUUCUCCGAAAGAACAGUUUAGAAGGAAGUCUCCCAUACAUGUUCCAUACCGGUGCCUUGCUUCGGACACUUGACGUUGGCUACAAUCAACUAACUGGAAAGCUUUCAAGGUCUCUUCUAAAUUGCUCCUCUCUAAAGUUUCUAAACGUUGAGAACAACAAAAUCGAAGACGCAUUUCCUUUCUGGCUCAAGACUUUACCAAACUUGCAAGUCCUCAUCCUCCGUUCAAACAAGUUCUAUGGUCCGCUCUCUCCUCCUGAUCAAGGUCCUCUUGCAUUUCCUCAGCUGCACAUAUUUGAAGUAUCGGAUAACAACUUCAGCGGAAGCUUGCCAGCAAACUACUUUGUGAACUGGAAAGCAUCAUCACUUCAAAUGAAUGAAGAUGGGAGUAUAUAUAUGGGAUACAAAGAGGAUAAUUCAGUUUCCAUAAAUGGUUACUAUACUUACCAAGACGUUAUAGAUUUGAGAUAUAAAGGUCUAGUUAUGGAGCAAGCCAAGGUCCUUAGUUCCUACGCCACCGUUGAUUUUUCGGGGAACAAACUUGAAGGAGAGAUUCCUGAAUCUAUUGGUCUCUUGAAGGCAUUGAUCGCGCUCAACUUAUCGAACAAUGCAUUUACAGGUCAUAUUCCUCUGUCUUUGGGAAAUCUUACGCAGCUAGCGUCACUAGACUUGUCAAGAAACCAGCUCUCUGGGACUAUUCCUAAUGAACUCAAAGCCCUCACGUUUUUGGCGUAUCUAAAUAUGUCGCAUAACCAACUCACUGGUGAAAUACCACAAGGAACACAAAUUACUGGACAAUCUAAAUCCUCCUUCGAAGGGAAUGCAGGUCUUUGUGGACUUCCUCUCCAGGAAAGUUGUGCCAGCACUAGUGUGCCGCCGUUACAAGAUGUGAAUCAAGAAGAAGAAGGAGAAGUGUUGAGCUGGAAAGCAGUGGCUAUAGGAUAUGCUCCUGGAUUGUUGUUUGGAUUGGCAUUAGGUCAAGUGAUUGCUUCAUACAAGGCAAAGUGGCUCGCCAAGUUAAGCCGUUUGUAUUAUUUUGGUUUUCUCACUUGAUGUUGUCAUUCUCUCUUUUUGGCUUGGCCUCUUUCUUUUCACUCAGUUUUUGUUCUCACUCACUCUCUCUGUUUCUACUUGUGUAUAUCAUCACACAACCACACACACUCUCUUUACUCUCUCACGUUUGUCUUUGUGUUUGUAGAGAGAAGAGAGUAAC